AUGAUGAGGAUGUUGACCGGGACGCGAAGCGUAAAAAGGAAGAUUCACCGCCCCCUCCUCCAGGUGCUUUGCCCCCUCUACGUCGGGAUAGCCCACCACAUCGUCGCCGGGAUGAUCGACGCGACCGCCGUCGUGGCCCUCCGAGCCCAAGGUACGCGUCGCACACCCCCUCCGCAGCCGGAUCCUUUCGACGAGGAUGCUCCCAACCCUCAAGACUCGGAAGCUCGCUCGGUCUUCGUAUCGCAGCUUGCCGCGCGUCUGACUGCUCGCGAUUUAGGGUAUUUCUUUGAGGAUAAACUUGGAGAGAAUACCGUGAUGGAUGCCCGCAUCGUCACGGAUCGUAUCUCUCGCCGCUCGAAGGGCAUCGGCUACGUCGAAUUUCGCACCGUCGACUUGGUCGACAAAGCCCUCGACCUAUCCGGCACUGUAGUUAUGGGCCUGCCUAUCAUGGUACAGUUGACUGAAGCUGAGCGCAACCGUCUUCAUGCUGGUGAUGGAAACCUCAACCUUCCACCUGGCGUCAGUGCACCCCACGGCGGUGCAAUGCAGCUGUAUGUCGGCUCUUUGCACUUCAAUCUCACCGAGGCGGAUAUCAAGCAGGUGUUCGAACCAUUCGGCGAGUUGGAAUUUGUCGAUCUUCAUCGCGACCCGACUACUGGCAGGAGCAAGGGAUACGCCUUCGUGCAGUACAAGCGUGCUGAGGACGCGAGGAUGGCAAUGGAGCAGAUGGAAGGGUUUGAGCUUGCAGGUCGCCAGCUUAAAGUCAACACGGUGCACGACAAAGGGGGUGUUGUCCGCUACGCACAAACCGAAUCGCUUGAUGACUCCGGCGGCGGUAACUUGAACGCAGCAUCUCGUCAAGCGCUAAUGCAGAAACUUGCUAGGACCGAUUCUGCUCCUCUUUUGCCAGAACCUGUUGCUCGACCUAAUAUCCCGCAAACUAUGGAAUCGCGGUCCGUCCUGCUCAAGAAUAUGUUUGAUCCGGAGGAGGAGUCCGGCGAUGACUGGGACAAAGAGCUUGCUGACGACGUUAAAGGCGAAUGCGAGAGCAAGUACGGCAAAGUCUCCGCUAUCAAGGUAGAGAAGGAGACUCAGGGCGAAAUCUACGUCAAGUUCGACGCCGUCGAUGCAGCCAGAAAAGCUGUCCAGGGUCUGAACGGCCGCUGGUUCGGCGGCAAGCAAGUGUCGGCUGCGUUCAUCUCGGACGCCAUCAUGCAAGCGCACCAGUAGUCUCCAUGUUUGGCUGCGCUAUGGUGUUGCCGCUACUGAACGUCCCAAUGGCAGACACGACGCUCGACGCGUAUCCUUGCCCCUUCUUUACAGAUCUUCUUCCCCGAAAUCCGGUCGCUCGCCUUGAGGCAGGUUCUUCCGUUGGCGUUCUCGUACCUCUUUGUGUCAUCCUCGAGAUAACUAUUCGCAUAUAGAUCGCACAAUAAAGAUUCUUGCUGCUCGAUACU